GGAAAUUUGAAAUUUAAAUUACCAUGUCUAAUCUAAAGUUAAAUAAUAAUGUAAAUUUUUAAAGUGGCUUUCGGACUGUGCCUUUUGUAAAAGGUGCAAACAAAUGUAGACAAAUUCCAAGUUAUUCUUUUAUAUGUCGUGUUGGUAAUUUCGCAAUAAAUUCAAAAUUAUAAAUGUUUCUGAGACGCAGAAGAGACAUCAUUAAUCAUUUUUCUCGCAAAAACUUUUGUGACAAAGCAGGAAGAUGCGGUUGCUCAGAUGAACAAUCCACAGAAGCAAAACCAAAAAAAUCGGGACGCAUAAAACGGCUUUUAGUGGCUAAUAGAGCAGAAGUCGCCAUCAGGAUAUGUCGGGCUUGCAAUGAACUGGGAAUUGAACCAAUUGCUAUAUACUCGAAGGAGGAUACGAAUAAUCUACAUCGAUUGAAAGCUCAAAAAAGCUUUUUAAUAGGGAAAGGAUUAACUCCUGUUCAAGCGUACUUGAACAUACCAGAAAUAAUUCAAGUAUGCCUGGAAAACGAAUGUGACGCCGUUCACCCGGGCUACGGAUUUCUAUCAGAAAAAUCCGAUUUCGCUAAAGCCGUAAUAGAUCAUGGAAUGAAAUUUAUUGGACCAACGCCCGAGGUUGUCUACAAAAUGGGAGACAAAGUGGCAGCCAGAAAAUCGGCAAUUGAAGCAGGUGUUCCUGUGAUUCCCGGCACGGACGGACCGAUUAAUUCAAAGGAAGCGGCCAAACAAUUUUGCGAAAAACACGGUUUACCGGUGAUGAUGAAAGCCGCUCAUGGUGGGGGCGGCAGAGGUUUGAGAGUAGUCACAAAAAUGGAGGAGGUAGAAUCCAGCUUUCAAACGGCUUCCUCGGAAGCGGCAAGUUCUUUUGGAAGCGGCGACAUGUUCAUUGAAAAAUUUAUAGAAAAUCCCAGACACAUCGAAAUUCAAAUUUUAGGCGAUCAACAAGGUAACGUUGUCCAUCUGUUCGAGCGCGACUGCUCGGUGCAACGAAGGCAUCAGAAGGUCGUAGAAAUUGCUCCGGCGCCGUUUUUGAAGUCUUCUCUCAGAGAAGAAAUGUCUGACAUGGCGGUGAAAUUGGCGAAGCACGUCAAAUAUAUCAGCGCCGGUACAGUCGAGUUUUUAUGCGACCCCAAAGGACAUUUCUACUUCAUCGAAGUCAAUGCCAGGCUGCAGGUGGAGCACACCGUCACCGAGGAAAUUACGGGCAUCGAUAUUGUGACCAGUCAAAUUAAGAUUGCCGAAGGAAAGUCGUUGCCGGAAUUGGGCCUGACGCAGGAGAAAAUCAAAGUGAAUGGAUUUGCUCUUCAAUGCAGGGUAACCACCGAAGAUCCGGCCAAUAAUUUCCAUCCGGACACGGGAAGAUUGGAGGUAUACCGGCAGGCGGGAGGAAUGGGAGUCCGUUUAGACGCCGGAUCGGGAUAUGCGGGUGCCAUCAUCAGUCCUCAUUAUGACUCUCUCUUGGUUAAAGUCAUAACGCACUCGGGCGAUCUGAGAAGAGCCUCAAGGAAGAUGGCCAGGGCGUUGAAGGAAUUCGUUAUCACCGGCGUUAAAACGAACAUUCCGUUUCUGAUGAAUGUGGUGCAGACCGAAGCGUUCUUGAGCAAAGCUGUGACAACGAGGUUCAUUAAAGAAAAUCCGCAAGUGCUUAAAUUUCCACCGUUUGGGCAAAGUUCUCGAAAGUUGUUGCGUUAUUGUUCCAUGAUUCUUGUAAAUGGUCCUAAAUCACCGUUAGGAACUAAAUUGGCGCCCUCAGAUAUUGAACCACGUGUUCCCGACGUUCCCGAAGGUUGUCCACCUGAUGGACUCAGGCAGAUAUAUUUAGACCAAGGACCGGAAGGUUUUGCGAAGGUUGUGCGCCAGAAUAAGGCUUUGCUACUUACGGAUACGACUUUUCGUGACGCCCAUCAAUCUCUUUUGGCCACCAGAGUCCGUACGAGGGACAUUUUGAAAAUAUGUCCGUUCGUCGCGCAUAAUUUCAGCCAUUUGUACUCCCUGGAAAAUUGGGGUGGAGCAACGUUCGACGUGGCUUUAAGAUUUCUCCGCGAAUGUCCUUGGGAAAGAUUGGAGAAAAUGAGACAAUUGAUCCCGAAUAUUCCAUUUCAAAUGUUACUGAGAGGGGCUAACGCCGUCGGUUACACGAAUUACCCCGAUAAUGUUGUGUACAAGUUCUGUGAACUAGCUGUUAAAACUGGUAUGGAUGUAUUUAGAGUUUUUGAUUGUUUAAAUUAUUUACCGAACUUGGUGGUUGGAAUGGAUGCUGUUGGUAAGGCGGGAGGUAUUAUCGAAGCCGCGAUAUCUUAUUCGGGAGACGUUAGUGAUCCUACUAAAACUAAAUACGAUCUUAAAUAUUACACAAAAAUAGCGAAGCAGUUGGUGAAAGCUGGCACUCAUAUACUUUGUAUUAAAGACAUGGCAGGUCUCAUUAAACCACAAGCUGGAAAAUUAUUGGUUACCGCAUUGAGAGAUUUGUUCCCUGAUAUGCCUCUUCAUAUUCACACUCACGAUACAAGCGGAGCAGGUGUAGCAGCAAUGAUAGCUUGCGCUAAGGCUGGCGCUGAUGUAGUGGAUGUUGCCGUAGAUUCAAUGUCCGGUCUUACUAGCCAACCUAGUAUGGGAGCCCUAGUUGCUAGUUUAGAAGGCACGAAGUAUGACACACGGUUUAAAUUAGAUACGAUCGCUAAAUAUUCGACGUACUGGGAACAAACUAGAACAUUAUACAAUCCUUUCGAAUGUACUUCUACAUUAAAGAGCGGUAAUUCCGAUGUUUACGUUCACGAAAUACCUGGUGGACAAUACACGAAUUUACAAUUUCAAGCUUACUCAUUAGGUCUUGGUCAUCUUUUUGACGAUAUAAAAAAGGCCUACAGUGAAGCAAAUAUUUUAUUGGGUAACAUAAUCAAAGUUACACCUUCGUCUAAAAUUGUAGGCGAUUUGGCUCAGUUUAUGGUUCAAAACAAGUUAACUGCCAAAGAUGUAGAGAUGAAAGCCGAAGAAUUAUCUCUACCAAAUUCAGUGGUCCAAUAUUUCCAAGGUCUCGUCGGGCAACCGUAUGGGGGCUUCCCUGAGCCAUUAAGAUCUAAAGUGGUCAAAGGCAAAGAAGUGGUCAAAGGGAGACCAGGAGAAACUCUACCACCUUUAGACUUCAAAAAACUUGAAACUGAUUUAAGAAAAGAGCAUCCAAUGAUUACUAAAAAAGACGUUAUGUCUGCAGCGCUAUAUCCCAAAGUAACAAGAGGUUAUUUAAGCUUUAGAGAGAAGUACGGACCGGUGGAUAAGUUACAUACAAAGAUAUAUUUCGUUGGACCAACCAUAGGAGAAAUUUUUGAGGUGAAAAUUUCAGAGGGCCGGAUCUCAACAAUGGAAGCUAAAGCCCUUGCUAAGGACGCUACAAAGAAAGGGACUCGGGAGGUAUUUUUUGAGCUUAACGGUGUACCUGUAUCCAUGCACGUAAGUGAUAAGGCGCUACUGGCAGGUGUUCAGUUCCAUCCUAAAGCUGAUAAAAGCAACCCGAAACAAAUCGGAGCCCCCAUGCCGGGGACCAUAAUCGAUAUAAAAGUCAAAGUAGGAGACAAGGUAGAGGUUGGUACGCCUGUAGUAAUUCUUUCAGCCAUGAAAAUGGAGACUGUGGUUAAGAGCCAUGUGGCAGGUAAAGUGAAGAAAAUCGAAGUAACUAAAGACACUAAAAUCGAAGCCAAUGAUUUACUAAUUACUCUCGAAUAAAUGGAUAUUUAUUAUUAUAAAUAAUGAAUAAAAAAU